AUGGCGCGUACGAGUAUAGGCAAAGGCUCCCUGUGGUCCAUAGAUCCAGAGUACAGGCCCAACUUGAUCCAGGCGCUAAAGAAGACGCCGUAUCACCCCUACUCUCCGGUCCUGGCCGCCCCCUCCACCUCCCCACCCACACUACCACAGACGUUUCAUCACAGUCCUCCAUUGUGGUCGGGGAGUCCCCUCUUCAGAAAGAACGGAGGAGUCCUCCUACAAGUUCCUCGUGGCGUGAUCCAAAAUGGCGCCCGUGUCAGGAGCCAGGCCCUCUUCCCCGUUAUCAGACCUCUGCCCGUAAGCCCCGUGGGGAGCAGAACCUCGGCCAUAAGAUCGUCCCUGGGAGACUAUCUGACCCGGGGGCAGGACAGCCCGUCCUGCUGCUCCCCCCCGCCCUGCGGCGAGGACCUGCAGGACGACCACACCUACAGCACCGCCAAGUCCCCCAGCAGGGCCGCCGACCCGUCCUCCCCGCUGGACGACGGCGGCGACGACGACGACAUCAUCGCCGUGGAGAUCCAGUCGGACGUCAAGCCCGAGCCCCGGGAGAUCCCGCUGGAUUCGCACCUCGCCACCACCGCCGCCUACGUUUCCCAGCAGCCCCCGCGCGGACAGAGACGCGGCUCGGGGCCGCUGGCCGGGACCCCGCCGGCGGGCAGCAGCCUGCCCUGGACCAAAAGCCGAGCGCGGGGGGUGGGCGACACGCUGCCCCUGAAGAAGCGGCGGGCGGUGGAGAAGCCGCCGGAGAGCGACGACGAGGAGAUGAAGGAGGCGGCGGGGUCGCUGCUCCACCUGGCGGGG